AUGCAGCAACAGCAACCCCUCCGGUCGGCCAGCCGCCUGCGCACACCGUUCGCCAUCCUGACCCUGACAACCGCCUCUGUCGGCCUCAUCACCGCCUACCACUACCGUCGUCUCGAGACUCUCCCCGCCGCCGCCCAACUACCGGCUACCUUCCGCUCGCUCAUCACCCCAACCGCCUCCUGGGGUCUCUACAAGCGUCGUCUCAACAGGCCGGUUGUCCUCACAAGCACGACUGGCGGCGACGAGAGCACCACCACCCUUGGCAAGCCUGCCAACGGUGACAAUCAGCACAGAAAGAACACCUCCGCCAUCCAAAAGCUUACAACGGGCGUACUCACUUCCCGCCCUUACGACCUUGAAGUCUCUCUCUCACGCCCUGAGGAAAACGCCAAAGACGUCAACGUCGACGACAUUGGCGUGAAAUUCGGCAACUUGGUCCUCGAACAGCGGCCCGAUAGCGCUUCCGUCGUCUUUCGAUACCAGCAUCCCGGGAUUGACUAUCGUUUGUACCUAAGCGUCGUGGAGGGUCCUGGCAAUGCAACGAAUACCAUAGUCGGUAAUGUGACGGAACGAUACAUGACGCCCGACACCAUCAUGUUAGGAUUCGUGGACUAUUCGAACAGUAAAACGCAUGAGUUGGGAAGUCGGGUGUUUGUGCCAAUAUUGUGCGAGGCGGCCGCGAGGAUGAUUGAGCGUGGAGAGAUGGAUUGGAUCUAG